AUGAAUAGGAUUUCUGGAAAUAUGCAAUACACUCUUAUUAUCCUAACCAAGAGUUUGUCAACUCUCCUAGGAGCCCUAUAUGCAAUGAAAACAGGUUGUGCACCUAAGUAUCUUGUCUUUAAGGCUGAAGAUGAGAACACUACAAACCUUGACAAGGAUGGAGUAUACUCUCGAGAAAUACUAUCCAAGAUAGCAAUGAGCGAUCAACAUGCCGAAAACUCCCCCUAUUUUGAAGGCUGGAAAACUUAUAAUAGUGAUCCUUUUGACACACUUCACAAUCCUAAUGGAGUUAUCCAAAUGGGUCUUUCUGAAAAUAAGCUCUCAUUGGACCUAAUUCAAGAAUGGAUUCUGAAGAACCCUAAGUCCUCCAUAUGCACUUUUGAAGGGUUAGGUGCAUUUAAAGACGUAUCCAUCUUUCAAGACUAUCAUGGACUAUCCGAGUUCAGAAAUGCCAUUGCAAGAUUCAUGGGAAGAGUGAUGGGCCAAACUAGGGUUUCGUUCGAUCCGAAUCGAAUAGUCAUGGGUGGGGGAGCAACGGGCGCUAGUGAGCUUCUCAUGUUUUGUCUGGCCGAUGGUGGCGAUGCAUUUCUAGUUCCAACUCCUUAUUAUCCUGCAUUUGACAGAGAUUUAAGGUGGCGAACCAACCUUCAACUGAUUCCAGUCAUUUGUUCAAGUUCUAACAAUUUUCAAAUAACCAUAGAAGCCUUAGAAAAAGCUUAUGAGAAAGCCAUUCGAUCGAAUAUCAAAGUAAAAGGUCUUAUCCUAAGUAACCCAUCUAACCCACUUGGCACGGUUCUUAACAUAUCCACUCUUAAAUCUUUACUAUCUUUUGUUACUCGAAAGAAUAUUCAUCUUGUAUGUGAUGAGAUAUACGCUGGUACAGUUUUCAAAAAACCUCGAUUUGUUAGUGUCUCCGAGGCACUACAUGAAACCGAGGGUGUGAAUAAAAACCUUGUACACAUUAUUUAUAGUUUGUCAAAGGAUUUGGGCCUCACAGGUUUCAGGGUUGGGAUUGUCUACUCUUACAAUGAUUAUGUCGUGAAUAGUGCUAGGAAAAUGUCUAGCUUUGGACUUGUUUCUACUCAAACUCAGUACUUGAUUGCAUCGAUGUUGUUAGACGAUGAUUUUGUCGAUGGGUUUCUCGAUGAAAACGCGAAAAGGUUGGGAAGUAGGCACAAGUUGUUCAUUGAAGGGCUCAUGGGAUAUCGAAUCAAGUGUUUGGAGAGCAAUGCGGGUCUUUUUUGUUGGAUGGACUUGAGACACAUGUUGAAAGGGGGCACGACCCAAGAGGAAAUAGGUCUUUGGCGAGUUAUUAUCAACCAAGUUAAACUCAAUAUUUCACCAGGCUCUUCUUUUCAUUGCUCGGAGCCUGGAUGGUUUAGGGUUUGUUUCGCUAACAUUGAUAAUGAGACCGUGAAAAUUGCACUAAAGAGAUUUGGAAAGUUCGUGAGAGACGAUAGGGUUAACAAAGAAAGAGAUCUGAAAAUUGCGACAGAAUAA